AUGGCUUCUUCUUCUUCCAAUGCUCCUCAAUGGAAGUAUGAUGUGUUCCUUAGUUUCAGAGGUAAGGACACACGUGAUAACAUUACUAGCCAUCUUUAUGAUGCUUUGUGCCGUAAACAAAUCAAGACUUUCAGAGAUGAUGAACUUGAAAGAGGUGAAGACAUUACACCUGCACUUUUGAGAACGAUUGAAGAGUCAAGAAUUUCAAUUGUAAUAUUCUCAAAAAAUUAUGCAUCUUCUUCUUGGUGUGUGGAUGAACUGGCGAAGAUACUUGAAUGCAAACAGAAAUACGGGCAGAUUGUUUUUCCAGUUUUCUAUCAUGUAGACCCUUCUAAUGUCGAUGAACAGACAGGGAGUUUUGGAAAUGCAUUUGCUGAACUUGAAAAAAAUUUUAAGGGGAAGAUGGACCAUGUGGAAAGAUGGAGGGCUGAAUUGACAAAUGCAGCCAAUAUAUCGGGAUGGGACUCACAGAUCAUUAGGCCUGAAUCCGAGCUUGUCAACAGGAUCGUGCAACAUGUUUUGAAGAAAUUGAAUUGUAUUUCCUCAAGUGAUUCAGAGGGCCUAGUUGGAAUAGAUUCGCGCAUUGAAGAUGGAACUGAAAAGGUUGAAGGCAUAUUCCUGGAUAUUUCUAAAACAAGGGAAAUGGAGUUAUUGUCUUGUGCCUUUGCAAGGAUGCAUAAUCUUAGGUUGCUCAAAAUUUAUAAUUCUGGAGUUGGAACUAACUGUAAAGUGGAACUUCCUCAUGGUCUUGAGUAUCUUUCUGAUGAGUUAAGGUAUCUCCAUUGGGAUGGAUAUCCUCUUAGGUCUUUGCCAUCCAAUUUCCAACCAGAGAAUCUUGUUCAACUUGACUUGUCAUUUAGCAAGGCUGUGAAUCUUUGGACAGGAGUCCAAGACCUUGUAAAUUUAAAAGAGAUCAACCUUGGCAAUUGUGAGCAUCUAGUUGCAAUUCCUGACCUACAACUUGCCACAAAUCUUGAGAGUUUGAAGCUUCAUUUCUGCGGAAGUUUGGAAGAGGUUCCAUCAUCCAUUCAGUGUCUGAACAAACUUAGUGAAUUGGAUAUGAGAUACUGCAAAAGCCUUCACAGCCUUCCAAGCAGCUUUAGUAUGACUUCUCUUAAGACGCUUAAGCUUUCUGGCUGCUCUAAUCUCAAACAGUGUCCUGAGCUUUCACGGUCCAUAACAUAUUUAAAUUUAAGUGAGACCACAAUAGCAGAGCUCCCCCAAUCAAUUCAGCAUCUCACCAGACUUGUUUCAUUGAAUCUAAAGGACUGCAAAGAACUUAAGAAGCUUCCUGACUGCAUCUGCUUGUUGAAAUCUCUUGCAACUCUCGAUCUAUCUGGCUGCUCAAAAAUCUGGAACCUUCCAAAUGUUUCAAAGAGCAUAAAACAUUUAUAUCUGAGUGAAACUGCAGUGCAAGAACUUCCCUCUUCCCUCAGUGCUCUCUCAAGCCUCCGUGAAUUGGAUCUAAUGAACUGUACAAGGUUUAAGAGUCUUCAUAUUAGCUUUGGGACGUUGACUUCUCUGGAAAAACUUAUUCUCUCUGGCUGUCCAAUAAUGGAAGUUCCCUCAUCAGUCCAAUGCCUCACCAAACUUGUUGAGUUGCAUAUGCGAAAAUGCAAAGCUCUUAAGACUCUCCCAAACAGCAUCAGUAGGUUGAGAUUUCUUGAAUACCUUGAUCUCUCUGGCUGCUCAAGGCUUAAGAGGCUUCCAUCAAUCCCAGCUAAUGUGGGAUAUCUUUAUCUAGAAGGAACAGCCUUGAAACAGCUACCCUCUGGACAGCUAGAUUGGCUAUGCUGUUUGGAAUCAGGAAACCUCAAAAACCUUGUGAAAUUGCCUGAGUUGACCAAUGCCAAAUAUUUGAGAAAACUAGAUCUAAAUGGUUCAAUAUAUUAG